CCAUCCACUUCACCAGUCUUCUCCACAGUCGCGAUAGGUUUGUCUUCAAGUUCCAGUCAGCUUGAUUUUACGUUGAUUUUUGAGCAGUUAUAUCGGUUGAUAUUCUUUGUACUCUUGCCACAAUGUCUUCUGCGAAAAUGUCGUCCAGCUCAGCGGGGCCUACCAGAUCUAAGCUCUCUUUGAAAGGAUCCUCUAAGCUUGUCGCUGAGUUUUUCGAGUACAGUAUACACAGUAUUUUAUUCCAACGAGGCAUAUAUCCACCCGAAGACUUCCAGGUCGUCAAGAAAUACGGAUUGAACAUGCUAGUAUCUGUCGAUGAGGACGUGAAGACAUACAUCCGACGGAUCAUGUCGCAGCUUAACAAGUGGGUGGUUGGAAGCAAGAUCUCGAAGCUUGUGGUGGCGAUUGUUUCAUUGGAUAGCGCGGAGGUGGUCGAGCGAUGGCAGUUUGAUAUUGAGGUUUUCAGCAAGGCCUCUGGAUCGAAGAAAAGCUCUAGCUCGUCUGCCGACAAGGAGAACGCCGCUCCGAAAGCAUCGAAACAGACUUCUGAUGACGCCCAUGGAGAUAAGACAAUCGACGAAAUUCAGCAGGAAAUCCAAGCAAUCAUCAGACAGAUCACAGCCUCUGUCACUUUCCUCCCCGUGCUGGAAGGUCGGCACACGUUCAAUGUGUUGGUCUACGCCGAUGGUGACACGCAAGCGCCUUCUGAGUGGAUCGACAGCGAUCCCAAGGAAAUCCAGAAUGCCGAGCAGGUCAAGCUGAGAAGUUUCAGUACCGCAUCUCACAAGGUCGAUACAAUGGUCGCCUAUAGACUAGGGACCGCGGAGUGAUUUGCGAUGAUGAGAGGGAUGAUGUAAAUACGGUGUUUGGUCCGCGUUCUGCUGGUUUUGCUUUUCAUUUUGCCUUUUGUUGUAUUGCUUUUGUUGCUAGAUGCUUCUAUUAUGCACAUUUAUUAUUGACCUGAUCAGUAUACACAUCUGAUUUGAACUAUGAUACAAUAGAUAUUUACAA